AUGACGAAUACUGCUGGUGUCAAGAAUACUGCGCUGCAUCACGUUGAAGAUGCCGAGAAGCAGGCCCAUAUCAAGGAUAUCAUCUCGGAGCAGCACCAGCACGAUGCCGACGAGCUGGAGCAAAAGUAUCACAUCCCGCUGAAGGCGGUGCUGGAGUCGCAUCUCGAGGAAGAUGCACAAGCUGUCCGCAAAGUCAUGUGGAAGGUCGACUUGCGUCUUGUGCCCAUGCUCUCGUUGCUCUACAUGUGGGCGUUUAUCGACCGGUCCAAUUUGGGGAAUGCCAACAUCGCCGGCAUGAGCGAAGAUCUCAAGACCAACAUCGGCAACCGCUACUCUGUGUUAGCCAUGAUCUUCUUCGUCGGGUACUGUCUCGUCGACAUCCCCGCCACGUUCCUCGUCCGCAAAGUCGGCCCGGCGCUAUGGAUCGGCACCAUCACGACCAUCUGGGGCAUUGUGACCCUGUGUCAGGGCUUCGUCAAGACCUGGGGCGAACUGGCCCUGUGCCGUGUCCUGCUCGGCUUUCUGGAAGGCGGUCUCGUCCCUGCGGCCAUGUUUCUGCUCUAUAACUGGUACACGCGCUACGAAAUCCAGGCCCGCAUUGCCGGUUUCUACGUCAUUGGCAAUGCCUCCAGCGGCCUGGCGGGAUUGCUCGCCUACGGGAUCGAGCAAAUGGCCGGUGAUUCGGGGUUGAAUGGGUGGUCGUGGAUCUUUAUCAUCGAGGGCAUCGUCAGUACCGUUGUCGGCCUCGUCUCGUACAUAGUCAUGGUCGACUUCCCCGAAAAGGCCACAGUCAAGAACUCUAUCGGCCUACCUGGAUUUUUGACGCCGGAAGAAGCCGCCAUCGUGCUCGCCCGCGUGGAGCGCGACCGCGGCGACGCCGUCGAGGACAAAAUCACGCUCAAAAUCGCCAUGAAGCACUUCCAGGACUGGAAGCUGUGGGAAUUCACGUUGUACCUGCUGCUCAACAACACGGGCGUCUACGCCUUCUCGUACUUCCUCCCGGUGAUCCUGAAGGACGGCUUCGGGUACUCGACGGGGCGCGCCCAGCUGCUGACGUUUCCUCCCUACGCGGCCGGCGCGGCGUGGAUCAUGAUCUGUGCGUUUACAGGUGACCACUUCAAGACACGGGGUCCGAUCAUGCUGUUCAAUGCGUCCAUGUAUAUUGUUGGCGUGUCGCUAACGGGGUUCGCCUCGGAUGUGCACGCCCGCUACGCCGGUGUGUUUUUGGGUGUCAUGGGCAUCAUCGCCAAUAUCCCGACCCAGUGGGCAUACGCACACAACAACAUGGUCGGCCAGAACAAGAAGGGCCUGACCAUGGCACUGAUGGUCAUGGGCGGCGCCUUUGGGGGCAUCAUCGCGGGCAACGUGUUCCAGUCCCAGGAUGCGCCGGGAUACAGAUCAGGUCUCUGGAUCUGCAUUGGAUUUCAGAUGCUCUACUUUGUGCUGGUGUUGAAGAACUUUGCCAUCUUUUACGUCCAGAACAGACGGGCAGACCGUGGCGAGGUCAUCAUCGAGGGACAGCCGGGGUUCCGAUACACCUACUGA